GGAAGUUCUGAUAGCUAGAUUGUCGGCAGGGACAGCAGACAACACUGGAGCAUCCAAACUUGGCUAUCAUCUUCGCCGCCCUGAAGCAUCGAAUCUGUACCAUCGUCUGCCGCUGGAGAUAGCAUUCGAACGGACUGCUCCAAAGCCGACUCAAAACAGCGAACACUUGAACAGCUCAGCCACACAGCUGAUUCAGCGCUUCAGCUGGCCACGACCUGCACGACCGACUGCGGACAAGACGAGUCCUACAUAAGUCAGCGUCUCGAAGCAACUGUCAUUUCAACGACAGCCUUCACCGGUUUUUCACAACUCCGCGCGACGACUUUCGACGAUGGGAUCCACCACUCUGCUAGUGUUCUGCCUGGUCGGACUUGUGCUCUUCGCAUCGCCAGUGGCAGCGUUCGGAGCAGGCAACAUCGCCUCGAUCUCCAACGUAGAAGGGCACAACUGGCGCCAUGGAGAUAUCGAAGAUCUUCUCACGACCGUCGCCUUCAUCCGCGGUCACAAAUGGACAAGCAUGAUGGUCAAACGUGCAUAUUUUGGCAAUUGGCUGCGUGACUAUUCGCAAGCGGUAGAUGUCGGCACACUGAAAGGCGUGCCAGCGGACACAAUCCGUGUUCUAGUCUGGAUCUUGGCUUUUAUGUCCUUCGGAUAUGCCACUGAAGAGUUCGAAGUUACAGCUCAACGCCUUGGUGUGUACCGUCCCGAAGAACACAUCGAUAACCCAAAGGAUUACGCGGAUAAUAUCGAUGCUCGACAACUUGACCCAAGGCUUAGAGGACCUGUGCAGCCAAUUGAGCUAGCAAUCGAUCCGAACACUGGGAUGAAGAACUACAUCGCGAACGAAAAUCUUGGUAUUGCAACAUCUCUCGGCUACAUCAAGUGGAGUUUUGCACGUAGCAUUCACUUUGGCAGAGAGUACACGAGCGGCGCGCGGAAGGGGCGCGAGGAGGACCUUUGCGAAGCUCUUCGAUGUCUCGGCCAGGGCCUCCACUGUGUCGAGGAUUUUGGCGCUCACACAAACUAUACAGAGCUUGCCCUGCGCGAAAUGGGCAUGCACAAUGUCUUUCCUCAUGUUGGCGCCCAGUCCAUGGUCAACCUCCGUGGAAAACAGGUCUUCCCGCUGGUGACGGGUACCUUUGGAGGUGUCGACUUCCUUCACUCUGUUCUCGGCGAAGCCAGCGAUACCAUGAUCUCUACCGAAGUGAACGACUCUGAAGUCGAUCAGCUCAACGCAGCUCUUGGCCAGGCCUCAGCCACUUCGAAGAGGAGUGGUGGAGACCCAGCUUCUGCAGCAUCCCCGCUGACGGAACUACUGGCGAAGAUUCCGGGCACCGGCUCCUUGAUCCAGGAGGCGGUCGAUUUGCAGGCCGCAUCUGAUCGCCAGGCCGCAGAUAAUGAGCGUUCUGGUGGUGGUAACCGCGGGAUGGACGACUACUCCUACGACAACGACUACAGCGGCUCUCGUGCUGCGGCUCCCGGACAGACUACGUUCUCUGCGCCUCCGACCAUCGACGCAGCUGCCGUCAUCGCUAAGAUCUAUCCCAUCCUCUCCUUCCGCGACAAGGUCGUCCGCCAGAUAUCAGCGAUCAUCUCCAAAAUCCCUGGUCUUGAGAAGAUGAUUGACACCAUCACCGAAAAGGUUACUCUGUUCGUCAUGGGUUUGCUCGCUCCCUUCAUCAAGCCUAUUAUCGCCUCCGCUUCCAAUGCCCUCAAGCAGGGUUCCGGCGUAGUCAUCGAUUCCUCGGCAAAUCAGCAAUUCUUGGUAUGGACAGACCCCACGUCUUCCGAUCCUACCCACAGUAUGCUCUCAAAAGACCACUUCAGCAACGUCCUCAACGGUCCCGCCGGUCAACUCGCCGCCGAGAUUUUACAAUACGUCGCGCCUCGCGUCAUCUACGGCUGGGAGCACCCAGAAGUACCGGAGAGCGAGAUCCUCGACGACAUUGGCCGAGUCUUCCACCAUCCCGCCGCGCGCGACCAAAACGUCGAGAUCCACCGCAAAAUGUUCAACGUUGUCGAAGCAUGGGUGCAAAAGCGGCCCGAUCGCGGCUCGAAAUUGAACGACAUCCUAUCCUCCGAGAGCGUCAAGGCGGGCAAGAAUCAU